AUCUAUAAUCUAAACGAGCGCGGAAGAUAAAAAAAUUUAUCAAAUACGAUUACAUAUUAUUAAUAAAUGUGAAAUUGUGUAUUUCUUGCCAUGAGUUCUAUAGAGGAAAAAUGUUUUGAGGAUAAAGAAAUUGAAUUAUUUAAUUCGAGUAUAUUGGAACAUUUAUCUUUAUCACAUAUUGAAGGUUUAUUAAUUAGGCCUUUAAAAUCUAAAGAUUAUGAUAGAGAUUUUCUUCAACUUUUGACUCAAUUGACUGAAGUUGGAAAUAUCAGUAGAGAACAAUUUUUAAACCGUUUUCAUAUGAUGAAAGAUACUGGUAGCUAUUAUACUAUUGUAAUAGAAGAUGUAACCAUUGGAAAAAUAGUAGCAAGUGCAACAUUAGUUGUAGAGCAAAAAUUCAUUCAUAAUUGUGCACUGAGAGGACGUUUAGAAGAUGUGGUAGUAAAUAAUAAAUACCGUGGUAAACAUUUAGGAAAACUGGUAGUUAAAAUCAUACUGCAAUUAUCAAAUUAUUUACAAUGUUAUAAAUUAUCAUUGGAUUGUAAAGAUCAUCUUAUACCAUUCUAUGAAAGUUUGGGUUUUAAACGUGAACCAAAUAAUGCUAAUUAUCUGAAUAUGAGAUUUUCUAUUGAAAACACUGCAAAAAUAUUGCAUUUAUGACAAUAAAAAAAAAAAAAAAGAGUAUUUAAAAUUUCUCAUAAAAAAAAAAUUGUAAGUUAUAUCUUAAAUCUAUGUACAUUAUGCAUAUUUCAAAUUCAAACAGUGAUUUUUAUUAUCUUGUUUUAAAUAAGAAAGAAAAAAAAAAAGGAAAGAAGCAGACAAUUAUUUUCUUUUUAAUUUUUUAAUCAAUAGAUUAUCUUAACAUGAAUUAAUAAAUUAAAUGUAGGUUUAAAAAGUAAUGAUAUGUGAGUAUAUUUUGUUGAAUGUUAUAUAAUAUUUUGUAUUUUAUAAGAAUAUAUAAUAAUGCAAUAAACAAUAUUAGAAAAAGAA